AUGCUUCGUCAUUUAACUCGGGCACGGCACAUCGCACCUUCUUUCAUUUCUCGCAUGUGUUCGUCCCGGUCUGCCAACGUUCCCAAUCGCGUGGUUCUUCCUAGCGACGUCAAACCGACUCACUACCGUGUCCGGCUGGAGCCGGAUUUGGAGAAGUUCACUUUCUCUGGAGAGGUGGAAAUUUCGCUCGACGUGGCGACCGCUACCAACCAGGUCGCCGUCAACAUCCUUGAUCUGACGAUCCACUCUGCUGAGAUCAACGGCGAGAAGGCCUCUGAGUCCAAGCAUGAUGGCGACGCCCAGUCCAUGACUUGGACGUUCCCGUCUCAGCUGGUUGCCGGCUCGCAGGCCAAGCUCAAGGUUGCCUUCGACGGCACCCUGAACGACCAGCUCGCAGGCUUCUACCGCUCUGUGCACAAGGAUGAGAACGGCAAGCAGCAAGUUGUCGCCACUACCCAGAUGGAGGCCACUGACUGCCGCCGCGCUUUCCCCUGCUUCGACGAACCUGCUCUCAAGGCAACUUUCGAUAUCGAGAUGGUCGCUGACAAGAAGUACACUGUUCUGUCCAACUCUGACGUCAAGAAGACCUCUGAGCUACCCUCUGGCAAGGUGCUGACCCAGUUCAACACCACGCCCAAGAUGUCCACCUACCUGGUUGCCUUCAUUGUGGGCGAGCUCAACUACGUCGAAAGCAACGAUUUCCGUGUCCCUGUUCGCGUGUACGGCACUCCCGGUCUUGAGAAGAAGGGCCAGUUCAGCGCCGAUCUUGCUGCCAAGACCCUCAAGUUCUUCGAGGAGACUUUCGGUAUCGAGUACCCCAUGCCCAAGUGCGAUAUGGUGGGUAUUCACGACUUUUCCGCCGGCGCCAUGGAGAAUUGGGGCCUCAUUACCUACCGCAAUGUCGACGUCUUCUUUGAGGAGGGUGUCGAUUCUCUGAGCACCAAGAUCCGCGUUGCUGAAGUCGUCCAGCACGAGCUUGCUCACCAGUGGUUCGGUAACCUCGUCACCAUGGAGUGGUGGGACGGCCUGUGGCUCAAUGAGGGCUUUGCUACCUGGAUGUCCUGGUACUCGUGCAACCACUUCUUCCCCGAGUGGAAGGUUUGGGAGUCCUAUGUCUCGAAGCAGCUGCAGGGCUGUCUUGAUCUCGACGGUCUGCGCUCUUCGCACCCUAUUCAGGUUCCCGUCAAGCGUGCUGAUGAGAUUGCGCAGAUUUUCGAUGCCAUUUCUUAUCUCAAGGGCUCUUGCGUCAUCAAGAUGAUCUCGCAAUUCUUGGGCGAAGACAUCUUCAUCAAGGGCAUUGCCUUGUAUCUGAAACGCCACCAGUACGGUAACACUACCACUGAUGAUCUCUGGAAUGCUCUUGCUGAGGUUUCUGGUAAGGAUGUCAAGGGCCAGAUGGACAUCUGGACCCGUAAGGUGGGCUACCCCCUUGUUACUGUCGAAGAGAGCGGCAACGAGCUCACUUUGACUCAGAACCGUUACUUGCGUACCGCGGAUGUCAAGCCUGAGGAGAACGAGACUGUUUACCCCGUUGUUCUCGGUGUACGCAGCGCCAACGGCAAGGUCGACCACACCAAGGUUCUCUCUGAGCGCACUGGUAAGAUUACUAUUGACGGUGAUUUUUACAAACUCAAUGCCGAUCAGAGCAGUAUCUACCGCGUCCACUACCCAACUGAUCGUCUGCUCAAGUUGGCUGAGGAGGGAGCCAAGCCGCACUCUCGUUUGUCGGUCGAAGACCGGGUUGGUCUGGUGACCGAUCUGGGUGCUCUGGCCGGUGCAUACGUCCCUACCUCGCAGCUGCUGACUUUGAUCUGGACGUGGAAGAACGAGCAGGAAUCUACUGUUUGGACCUCCAUUCUCUCCAACAUUGCCCGCAUCCGCCAGGCCUGGAAGUUCGAGUCUGCCGAAGUCCGCGAUGCUUUCACAAAGUACCGUGAGGCGGUGAUUGUGCCCAUGGCCAAGCAGGUUGGCCACGAGUUCUCGGCUUCUGACAGCGCUCAAGUUGCCAGUCUCAAGGCCGACCUGUUCGCUGCUGCAGUGGGCACCGGCAACAAGGAGUUUGUUGACACCGCCCUGGCUCUUUACAGCAAGGGUGUCACCAACAUCAACGCCAACAUCCGCCCUACUGUGUUCCGCGCUGUUGCUGAAUACGGUACUACCGCACAGUGGAAUGAGCUACUUGAAAUCUACACUAGCGGUGCCUAUGGCGCUACUGGCAACGAGGCCCUGAGCUCCCUGGGCUCUACCAAGGACAUGGCGCUCAGGCAAAAGGCUCUCGACUUUAUUCUUGACGGCACAGUUCGCACUCAGGACUCUUACCGCGCCAUUGGCGGUGUUGCUCAUGACGCAGCGGGCCAAGAGCUCGCAUGGAAGUGGCUGCAGACCAAGUACGACGAUUUGAUCAAGACCUUCCCUCCCGGAUUGAACUUGCUUUCUCACAUUAUUUCUAGUGCUACGGCCGGCUUCACAAAGCAGGAGCAGUUGUCCGACAUUGAGAAAUUCUUCUCGGGCCGGGACCUCAAGGGCAUUGAUCAGGCAUUGAACAUUGCCAAGGACCGCGUGCGUGCGUCAAUUAACUGGCUUGGCAAAGAUGCUGGCGACGUCAAGGACUGGCUUGUAAAGCACCAAUUCUUGUGA